AGUCUUCUUCAUUCAUCUUCUUCUCCACCUCCUAUCCAAUUCCUUCUGAUUAUGAUUAUGAUGAUGCGGGCCAAGUGAAAAAGACUAUAUUUUUGCUUGCUCAACUGAUCGAUCCAUCCAUCCAUCCAUCGAUCGAUCCUUCCUCAGAGCUUCGUUCUUGGAAAACUAGCACCCACCAAAAUCAACGACAAGAUCUAUUCUACUGAUAUUAUUUACAGCUUUGAAAGGAGAGAAGAAGAUCCAUUCAGCCAGCCAGCCAUGAAACCGAUUCUUCCCCCUCUAUCCACAGCCAACAAUCGCAUCAAGCGCCGCCCAGAACCCCUACCGCUCCCUUCGCGCGAUCCAUCCUUAGCUGUCCCUCUCCCUCUUCCUCCACCACCAUCCACCUCUUCUUCUAUGCCUUCCUCCUCCUCCUCCUCCUCUUCCUGCACAUCCAAUAAUCAACCAAUCAGUUUCUCAUCUCUGGAAAAGGUCAGCAGAAUCGGAAGUGGCAACGGUGGCACCGUCUACAAGGUCAUUCACCGUCCCACAGGGAAGAUCUACGCUCUCAAAGUUAUAUACGGUCAUCACGAAGAUGCUGUCUGCCGCCAGAUGUGCAGAGAGAUCGAGAUCCUACGGGAUGUCGAUAACCCUAACGUCGUCAGAUGUCACGAUAUGUUUGACCACGCCGGCGAGAUUCAGGUCCUCCUCGAGUACAUGGACGGUGGUUCCCUACAAGGCUGUCAUAUCAAUCACGAACCCUCUCUAGCAGACGUCGCUUAUCAGAUUCUAUCUGGUCUCCAUUACCUUCACCGCCGCUAUAUAAUCCAUCGCGACAUCAAACCCUCUAACCUUUUGAUUAACUCUAAAAGGCAGGUUAAGAUUGCAGAUUUCGGGGUGUCGAAGAUUCUAGCUCAGACGAUAGAUCCGGCCAACUCUUCUGUGGGCACGAUUGCUUAUAUGAGUCCGGAGCGGAUCAAUACAGAUAUCAAUGAGGGGAAGUACGAUGGGUAUGCUGGAGAUAUUUGGAGUGUUGGUGUGAGUAUCUUGGAGUUCUACAUGGGUAGAUUCCCGUUUGCAGUAACACAGCAAGGGGAUUGGGCAAGCUUGAUGGUUGCAAUAUGCAUGUCAAAGCCGCCGGAGGCACCUGGGACUGCUUCGCCGGAAUUCAGAAACUUCAUCGUUUGCUGCCUGCAGAGUGAUCCUACCAAACGAUGGAAAUGUGAGCAGUUGUUGCGGCACCCUUUCUUUGUUCAGAACAGAGCAUACAUUCCAUCAUUAGCUACUUCGUCCACCACCACCACCAAACAGAACCAUCAUCAGGUACUACACCACCAGCAGCAGCAGCAGCAGCUUCAUCAUAUGCUCCCUCCUCCUCCCCCUCCCCGUUUUUCUUCUUCCUGAGACUGAUUUGCUUGCUUCCUUGCUUGCUUGCUGAUUAAAUAUUUCUAUCCCUCCCCAGGUUUGUGUUUAGUUCUUGGUAUUGUUGUUGUUGUUUGGCAGAUAUGCACACUCUUCUUCUUCUUUCUUCUUGUUGUUGUAUGUUGAUUAUUUGCUAUGUGUACUACCACUCUACCAGCAGAAGAAAUGGAUAAGUGUCUUUGUUAACAAGUUUGAA